UUACGCUGCUGCUCACUUGAUACUGAUUGUUGGACCUCGCUAGCUUCUCGGAACUGUCAAUUCAUUGUCCGAGAGUCGCUGAGAAUGGCUUCCUCUAGUACAUAUAGGCUAAGUUGCUCCAUCCCUGGGCAUGAGAUGGAUGUAAGGGGCCUUGCCGCGGCAGCUUUCCCCGAGGGGGCUUUUGUGUCGGUCUCCCGGGACAGAACAGCAAGAGUAUGGGUACCAAAUUCAAGCUCUAGUGGAGGCUUCUCGGAAAUGCAUUGUAUGAACGGCCACACGAACUUCGUCUCCUGCGUCUGCAUCAUAUCGGCCAAUGAAACCUACCCCCGCGGGCUCAUAGUGACAGGAGGCAACGAUCACAAUAUCUGCGUGUUUUCCCUCGACAGACCAGACCCCCUGUAUGUCCUCAAGGGCCAUAAGAAUACAGUGUGUUCACUCUCUGCGGGGAAGUUCGGGACGUUGCUGAGCGGCUCCUGGGAUACCACAGCCAAGGUGUGGCUCAACGACAAGUGCAUGAUGACUCUGCAGGGACACACUGCUGCAGUGUGGGCGGUGGUCAUCCUGCCGGAACAGGGCCUAAUGCUGACCGGAUCCGCAGACAAAACCAUCAAGCUGUGGAAGGCAGGCCGCUGUGAGAAGACCUUCACUGGUCAUGAGGACUGUGUGCGUGGCCUGGCGGUGGUGAGUGAUGUGGAGUUCUUCUCCUGUAGUAACGACGCCAGCAUCCGGCGCUGGAUGGUGACGGGAGAGUGUGUGCAGGUGUACUACAGUCACACCAACUACAUCUACAGUCUGUCUGUCUUCCCCAACGGACAAGACUUCAUCAGCACAGGAGAGGACCGAACAGUGAGGGUGUGGAGGCAGGGCGAUUGCGUUCAGACCAUCCGCCUGCCCGCCCAAUCAGUUUGGUGCUGCUGUCUGCUGGCCAAUGGGGACAUUGCAGUGGGCGCCAGCGACGGCCUCAUCCGAGUGUUCACCGAGUCGGAGGAGCGAGUGGCGAGUGCACAGGACCUGCAGGCCUUUGAGGAUGAGCUCUCCAAAACCACCAUCGACCCCAAGACUGGAGACCUGGGAGACAUCAAGAUGGAGGAGCUCCCUGGGAAAGAACACCUCAAUGAACCAGGCGACCGUGAUGGCCAGACACGACUGAUCAAGGAGGGGGACCACGUGGAGGCGUACCAAUGGAGCGUCAGUGAAGCCCGCUGGAUGAAGAUCGGAGACGUAGUGGGGGGCUCCUCCCAGCAGAAGUCAGAGAGGGUCAUGUACGAGGGCAAGGAGUAUGACUUUGUCUUCACCAUCGAUGUGAACGAGGGCGGGCCUUCCAUGAAGCUGCCCUACAACGUGGCGGAGGACCCGUGGCUGACCGCCCACAACUUCCUGCAGAAGAACGACCUGAGCCCCAUGUUCCUGGACCAGGUGGCCAACUUCAUCAUCGAGAACACCAAGGGCCAGACGCUGGGCCCCGCGCCCUCCACCAGCGACCCCUUCACUGGGUCGGGCAGAUACGUCCCAGGCGCCUCAGACCAGCUCAGGGGAGGGGCAGCAGAUCCUUUCACAGGCGCUGGCAGGUAUAUCCCUGGAUCAGGACCCGCGCCCCCAGGACCUGCCGGGAUGGAUCCCUUUACAGGGAGUGGUGCGUACUCCUCAGCUGGCUCUAGGCAAAGCAGCAGCAGCACCAACAUGUUCUUCCCAAAGACAGAUGCAGUCACCUUCGAACAGGCCAACGCCACACAGAUCCUGGCUAAGCUGAAGGAGCUGAACGGAGGUGCCCCCCAGGAGCACCGGCUGUCUGAGGAGGUGCUGGGCAGCCUGGAGAAACUCCUCCUGGCCGUCUGUGACCUCAAGACCCCCAUGCAGCAGCAGCCCACAGACGAGCAGAUCAACCUGCUCUGGAAGACUGCACACUGGCCUGAGGACAUCGUGUUCCCAGUGCUGGACAUCCUGCGCCUGGCGGUGCGCCACCCGGAGGUGAACGCGCAUCUGUGCGCCGACGACGAGGGCGUGAGCCUGUGCAACCACCUGCUGUUACUCAUGGGCCCCCAGGGCCGCCCGGCCAAUCAGAUGCUGGCGCUGCGCACGCUCUGCAACUGCUUCGCGGGCGGGCGUGGCCGCCAGCUCCUGCUGGGGCAGCGGGAGGCGAUCCUGUCGCGCGCGGCCGACCUGCGCUCCGUCUGCAACAAGAACAUCCACGUCGCCCUGGCAACGCUGGUGCUGAACUACGCCGUGCAGCUGAUGAGCCAGCCCUCGGCGCUGGAGGCCAAGGCCCAGUGCCUGUCGGUGGCUAGCGCCGCCCUGGAGGUGGUGCAGGACAGGGAGGCAGUGUUCCGGCUGCUGGUGGCGCUGGGCACCACGGUGUCGGGCGACGCCACUGCCAAGGACCUGGCACGCUCGCUCGGCGUGCCCUCGCAGAUCAACAAGUACUCGGGCGUGUCGGAGCCAGCCAAGGUGGGCGAGUGCUGUCGACUGCUACUGGAUGAACUACAGUGACCCCCACCCAACCCCGACUCCCACAGCCCAAAAUGAUGACCUACUCUUGACCCUUAACCCCCUCUCAUUCUUUACGUUCAUCUACUCUCUUGUUCCAAAAAGGCAAAUGCACGCACACACACACACACACACACACACACACACGCGCACAUCCAUAUCUUUAGUUUGUAUUUAACAUGAUCAGUUGAUUUGGUGGUGAUUGACUUGAAUGCAUGUGGUGAUAAUAAAUGAGACGUACAAAUGGAAGCUUUCCUAA